AUGCUAGGCGGCGGCGGCAGCAGUGGUGGAGGUGGAGGUGGUGGCGGCGGCAACACAACACCAACAACAGCAACAGGAGCAGCAGGAGGAGCAACACCCUUUGCCAGCAUAUCGGGCCUGGCCAGCGGAUCGUCGACUGCGCCGCCAUCAUCGAGCACAGCUGGCACCAGCAAGCGCAAGAAAGCGACUAAGCAAAAGCGUUGAGAAAGCGCCGCCGCCGACGCCGCUGCCGCCGCUGGCUGCGAGAGAGUUGAAGAAGAUGUUGGCAGCUCAGCAACGCCCACCAAAAGCAACACAAACGCCACCGUCGCCGCCGCCGCCGCCGCCGCCAUUAAAUUUCGCUUCAACUCGAAGCACUGGAAGCGCAAGUUAAAACAGUUUCAUUUGUUGUUGUCGAAACCAACUGGAAUAGAAGAAGCGCUCGCUCAGCAAGAGAUGAGAGCGCCAAGCGAAGAGAGCAAAGAUAAGCAAAUAUAAGAGAGAACAAUUCAAGCGAAGAGCGUAACUUUUUGGCAGGAAUUAAAAGCAAGAAAAAAACCAAUCAAAAUUUAAAGAGAACAAUUUAUUCAAAAUAUAUAUGAAAACAUUACAUUACACAAUUUAGGAUGUGUAUCAAAUGUAAAUAUUAAUUUAAUAAUGUUAAUUGUAUAUGAAAUAUGCUUUACACUAAACUACACACUACACGACACGACACGACACAGUUUUCAACUCGACUCGAAAUUGAAGAGCAGUUUGUUAGUUAUAUAAUAUGGGACAACUUGGAUGUGUGUUAGAUUUUUCAUACAUUUAUAUAUUUUCUUUGAACGAAACAUUACAUUACAUAAAUUUAAGCGAAAUGUGAGCAAAAUUGCGGUACAUCUUCUUUUGUAGCAGAAUUCUGAUAUAAUUUACAUUUGUUCGUACUGUUUUUUCUUCUUCUUCUAAUUAGUUUAGUGUGAGACUGAAAGUGCGCCCCAAAUUGUAAGAGCAACAGCUGCAACAACAAUUGUAUAGGCAACAAACACACACACACACAUAUACACAUACACACUCUUACACGUACAUAUAUACAACAUACAUAUAUACAAAUAUGAAAAAUGCUUUAUAAUUUUGUCUAGAAAAGAAAGAAAAGUAAAAAAUACCUUAAAAAAUAUAGAAUUAAACCAAAAUCAUCAAGGUCUUAGAAAUUAAACUCAUUAGCAUGUAAAGAACUUUAAGCAAAUCACAAAAACAAAGGUUAAUUGAAUUUUAAAAAGCAAAAGCGUGAAGCAAACAAAAAAAUAAAAUUAUAAAUAAAAAUAAAAACUUAGCUAUGUAUAAGCAGAGAAAAUAAAUGUAGCAAAUGCAUAAUUGUGUAAUUGAAGUUAAAUGAAGAUAAGCACAUGAAAUGGAAAAUGUAUUUUUGAUAAAAGAAAGAAACAAACGAAACUAAUUUGUAAAGAAAUUCAAAACUUUUGUUAAGAUGCCAGCAAACAAAAUGUCAAAAGCAGAGCAGAAAGGAAAAAACUACAAGAAAUACAUGCACACACACACACACACACUCACAUAUUUAGAAACUAAUGUAAAAUCUUUGCUAGUGUAGUGUCUCGACAUACAAAUAAAGCCCCAAACACCUCUACUUGAUCCCAAAAUAUAUAGAAAAACGUGAAAUAGUUUUAUUUUUUUCUCGCCGCGCAACGCUAGGUGGCGCCACAUGCAAAUAUGCAUAAAUAUAUAUAUGUUAUAUAUAAAUAUCUCAGUAAGUGGUUAGAAAAACUAUCAAAAAAAAGCAAAUCAAAUGAAAAGUAAAUGAAAAAAACAUUUAUAUAAAAUUGUAAAAAAAAAAUCUUUAUUUUUAUUUGAAAUUGACAAAAAGAAUAUUAAUAAAAACUCUGUAUAGCUUCCAUUAGUAUAUAAAACGUGUGCUGAACAAACACUCACACACACAUACACACACACACAUACAUAUUUUUGAAGCUACUUCAAGUUUUGGUUUCAAGGCGAAGAAAAUAAACCACAAGAAAAACAGGAAACUUUUUUGAAAAACUUUGUACAUAUAUACAAACAUUUAGUUUUUAGGCAUUAAUUAAAGAGAGAGGAAUUCGAAAUGUUUUGCACUUAUUGCGCCUAAUUUAUUGAAUGCAUUAUUUAAAACAUAUUUAGUGUGUUUACAAAUCGUAGAACUGAAAUGCAAUAUGCUUACCUUAACUCAAUAUAAUUUAAUUCCUAUUAUUUUUAGUUGCUACUUUUUUUCACAUAAUUUUAUUUUUCGUUUGUACUAUUUACAAACUAGGCAAAAACUGUAUAUCAUUGUAAAAUAAUUAAGAAUUGGAUGGACAAGUGAACAGCAUAUGAAGUAAAAUCUAUAAGAGUUAUAAAUAAAUAAAAACAAAAAAAACAAAAAUAAAUCCAUUAAAUCUACAUAUAUAUAUCAUAAUAACAUUGUUAAAAUUGUCGCAAGAACAAUUAAAAAAUAAAAACAAAAUCGAAAUCGAAAACGAAAAAAGAAACGUAAAUUAAAAGAAGAAAAAGUGAGAAUUGAAGGCAGAUCACGUAGUACAUAUAAAUUGAUAUGAAAUCUAAAGAAAACAUUUAAAACAAUUAUACAUAUAUAAACACACAUAUGUUGUAUAAGCUUAUUAAAGAAGUAAGUGUAAUCAUUAACCACACAAUAUUAUAGCACAUUUCGGAUUAUCAAGUAUAUAUAUUUAUAUAUAUAUAUAUAAACAUGCGGAAAAUAUCGAUUAUAAACCUAAAUGUUAGCCCAGACGGAACCAUACAGAACUAAUUAAUAAUUAUAAUAAUAAUACAAAUAAUAAUUAUGCAAAAUGUCCUAAGACAUGCGAAUACAUGUAGUUUGAUGUAUGUAUAUGGCAAUUGGAAGGCAGAUUUAAACAACAAACAUUUAAUGUAAUAUUGGUAUAACGUAAUUUUUAAAGUGAGGUACUAUAAAUAAAAAUUAUUAAAUAAUAUAAAUCAUAA